ACAGCUGACAGUAGUUCGAGCCUGGUAUUGCAGGAACAUGUCCGUCCUUCAAAGGCUCCAGAAGCUCUCAGAACUGCAGUGUUUGCUGCUGGCUGUCCAAUAUGCCACCGAAUCGAACAUCGACUCUCUGCGAGCAUUGACGGCAUUGCGCGAAUCUGAAUUGCCGUUUGGGCUGGUGCUGAACGUCCUCCUCACAUUCUUACCAGAGGGCGCAGAGCCCACAGCAUAUGUCGAGUAUCUGAAUGAGCUUGCGACUGGCCCACGGCAUCCCGGCGACGACCCCGCUGCGCACUUGGCCAUCGCUGCGGUCGAGGCGCUAUCGAAAUCGCAAGCAAAGAAGAGGAGGAGAGAAAUAGAACUGCUGCCGCUGGUGCACCCCCAGUACGCUGCAGAGCUCGAGCUCGACCCUUUCAGCCAUUUCCUUAUCCACCGCGCGCAUCGCAUCGACUCGCAGACCGGCUUGCUCGACCUCGUACCGCAGCUCAUCGUCCCCUUCCUCCACCACUCCGAGUACCUCCGAACUUGGUUCAUUUCGACUGCCCUCCCGCUGCUGCGCCUAAGCUACGAGUACUACCCGCAGGGCACCGCGUCAUCUCUUGAUGAGUUCGCCAGUUUGAGGGGAAAGCGGGCACUAGACUUCAAUCUCUCGAAUCUUCGUGCUGCGAGGAAAGCUGGAGCAGACACACAAAACGCAGCACGAGAUCUGAGGGGCAUCGUCUCUCCAUGGAUAUGCGGAGCCAGCGAUCGAAAGAGACGGAAGAUCUCUAGCGAGAACCGUAGGGCAUCGAUGGCAGAAAUGCAGACACAAGAGUCAAAUGAUUGGGACUGCCUGUUCCGGUGGCUGUUGCACACUUCGAAAGAAGACCUGCCUCUAGUCGCUGCUGCCAUAUCUGAGUGGGAUGGACCGGAGGACAUGGACCUUGGAGGCUUCGAAGAAGGUCGUGAUUAUGUGGACGAGGACACACAGCGCCGCUUGGAGACAAAGUACGCACAAACAGCGCUCUCAUGUUUGUACCUGGUCGAUGCGAGCGACGUUGGUGCACUACAGACGGCCCAUGCUCUGCUUACGCGCAUAUGCGACCUUCUCCACUAUGACCCACCACCAGAUCUCAACAUUGGUGUUGAGUCACUCCCAUCAUAUGACCUCAAGAUACCAAUACUGCAAGACGCCACUUCCUCGUUGAUCCAGGAAGAACGACUCCUCGCGUCUGACAACGAUAUCACAAAACCAGAGCAAGGCGCUUUCCGGAUCAUUGAGCUGGUACUCUUUUCGGCGUGUGUCUUGUCAAGCCUGCAACACCCCGUCUCACCACGGACAGUCGCCAACCUGUCCUUACGGGACGACUAUGCUGAGCAAUCCGCACUGCUCCAGAAGGUACUCCACGCCCUCAGCGGCGGCCCAAAGAAAGACAGCGGUCAGUGGCGGACCAUCAGAUCCAAACUGCUCUGGCUGUGGAACUGGGGCACAGAUGCGCACGACAACGAUCGUCAUGGUCAGGGUAUCUUAGGGAUGCUGGAGAAGACGACCAUUGAGACAGAGAUCUUGAAGUCGCUCAUCGAGGGCAGUCACUUCCCUCUUGCAGCACAAAUCUACGUCAACCCAGCUUUCGGCGAACACCCUCUUCUGCAAUCUGAAGUUGAGAAGGUUGUGUUAUCCGCUGCUUUGCAUCAUUACGACAAUGCUAGCAAUGGCAACCGAAAUAGAGGGGGCAUGAAGCGUUGCGCAGAGAUUGUCGCUGCCUUUGCUCCUCACUUCUCCAAGUCUUCACGCUUUCAGCAAACACAGGCAUUGCUUUCAGCGACGCAUGCGAUGUCUUUCUAUUCUUUAAUCCUCCAGCACGGCGUACCAUUUCAGCCAGUCAGCAUUAGAGUUAGCUCAGACCCAUUGUCGCUCAUACAAAAGCUACUCUUGCAGAACCUCGGCAGUUACACCAAACUCGACGAUAUGAUCUCCAUAGGGCAGAACCUGGUUGUGUCGAUGCCAUCGACUAUCAUGGACGAUGCCAAAGAUGCUGGCCCGUUCGAUGCGACCACAGUCGAGAAAAAGAAAGCCGCUGCCGAACGUCGAGUUAUCGGUAUGGCUAUCGACGCUGCUCUAGAAGAAGGCGACUUUGAGACAGCAUAUUCUUACGUCGUGAACCGCCUAACCCCGACCGCAACACCAUCACCAGCAGUCUCGACAUCGUCACAGCGCUUCUCAUUCGACUCCGACACCUCGGCAAAGCAAGCCGAUGACGCAGAAGACGUCGCCUGGCGCGCAGCCCUCCGCGCCGGUCGCUACAAGCCCUCCCUCUCCUCCUCGGGAACAUGGUCCCACGCGACAUCCGCACGACCUGAUCUCCGCCACCUCGAGCAACGCAUGGAGCUCUUAUCCCAAGCCCUCCUCCUCGCCCCGCCAGCCCAUCUCGAAGAAGUCCUCAACGUAUGGCAGCAGUGCGAAGCCGAAAUGACCGAACUCCUCGCACAAGAAACAGAAGCCGAGGAGCGCUUCAACGACGCUGCUGAUCGCAAGCUGCCUGGUGCUUUCGAUAUGGGCACCAUUCCCACCGUACAGCCGCGCCGCGAAGUCGGACGAGGUGCUGUCGAGGAGAGCCCGAUGGGGUUGUUUGAUGUUGCGCGAGGUGCGGCUGCUGCGUUUUCAAAGAGCGCGUUCCCGCUGCGCAGUAAUACUCAGACCUCCCCAAGACCAGAGUCGAGAGAUGCUAAGCGUGUUAGCAUGGAUCUUAGUGAUUCCGACAGCAUGCAUGGGCACGAAGAACGUGUCAGAAGGAGAGAUAUGCUGGCUAAUACGGCUUCUGGUGCGCUGCAGUCGGGUCUCGGUUGGGUGUUGGGUGCAAAACCCGUCAAUGACCAGGGUAGAUAGGCAGGUGCCCGUGUUGUAACGCAAUAUACCCAUUGACAUGUUGUCGAUCUUUUACAGUAUCACACCAUAGACACCAUCUACCGUACUACACUGAGGUACAUCCCGGAGGCCUUCAGACAGCAUUUGCCCUCUUCGUCACUACAUCCGUUUCUUAUAGUCGCUCUUCCCAACCCAGCAUACCUCUCCAUCAAGUUGCCUAGCGCCUGUCCUCACAUCAAAUCUCUCACAAUCCGCUUGCCUCCCCUCACCAUCCAAAAACAAUCAACCCACGAUGCUAACCACCAAGCUCUUCAUCGCUGCCCUCAGCCUCUUCACCACGGCCCACGCAGUCCCAGC